UAUGGCGCGGUCGCCAUGACAACGGCGGCAGCCGCGCCUCCGCCCGCCUCAAGCCGCCGGCAGCGGGCGGCCCGCGGCGGCUCCGCGCAACUUCGGCGCUGCCCCGGCGGAGGAGGAAGAAGAGGAAGAGGAGGAAGAAGAGGAAGAGGGGACGCUGCUGGCGCCCGGCGGGACGGAGGCCUAAUCCGUCCCCGAUGCGGGUUGAAGUUUGCCGUGCCAGCUCUGAGGGCUUGACUUCGCACCGUGUCCUCCUCCGGGCACCCUCCUCGCCCCGGCUGCCCACACAAGCGCUGCUGCAAAAGUUUGUUCCCAGUGAAGACACGCAGGGCGCUAUGUCGCUGGCAUCCUGGUUCAGGUGGAAUGAGCCCCCCAGCCGGAUUUCCCAGAGGAACCCCACCGAGAUGGUGGUCGAGACGCUAAUGAUGGAGCUGAGCUGGCAGAUGAAGCAGGCGGAGAAGCAGCAGCGGGAGCGGGAGAAUGAGUAUCGCAAGAUCAAGACUGGGGUGGACUACGGCUGGCUGGUCAGCUAUCCAAAGCAGAGCUAUGAUAUCAGCCCCGGAGAAAGGCUGCAGCUGGAGGAUAUGUGUACCAAAAUACACCCCUCCUACUGUGGGCCUGUCAUACUCAGAUUCCGGCAACUCGUUGCUGAAUACGAGCCAGAAGUGCAGGAAGUAUCCCGGCUCUUCCGCUCCGUCCUGCAGGAAGUGGCUGAGAAGAUCAAAGAGGAGGAAGAGGCCAAGAAGCUCGCCAGGCAAUGGAACACAAAGAACAAAACCAGCCUCUCCUUAACAACGUUUAAAUCCCGGUCCAGGAUUUCUCCGUUCAUCAGCGACAUCAAGACCAUCUCUGAAGAUGUCGAACGGGGCACCCAGCCCACCAGGAGGGUUUGGAGCAUGCCCGAAUUUCGGAACGCCAAGGAUUACUGACUCUGUACUGAACAAGGUUUUUAAACAGUGAUCUCUCAAACUCCCAGUUAACCCUUUUUUAGCUCUACCAUUUUUCUCUGUUCCAGCUCUCCCUUCCCGUCUGUCUCCCUCAGAAGCUGUGACCAUAGCAACUGCUGCUGACGCCCGCGGUGUGUGACAAUUUAUUACUAAACAUGCUAGCCUUUCCUUUAAUUUAGUAGUAUUCGGUAACCUUACGGGCAACUUACUGUCUCAUUUUUAUUUCUGCUUCCUUGUGGAAAAUGAAUUAGUUCUGUGAUGUCUCUCUGCUCCCUCUCCCCCCAGCCUGGAUGUAGUUCCCUACUGGAGCUAUUGCCCCGAGCUGGUGAGCGCUGCGGGCUGGAGCAAUCCUGCUGAAGGCAGGGAGGCCGCUUACACGAGUAAGGCUUGCAGGAUCAGGCCUGGGGGUUUGGGAGAGUAGAACUGAACUUCCUUUCUCAGCAAACGACUUUUCUCAGUGCUAUAGCAGACUUCACAGGUAAAACCCAGCACUGCUCUUGAUCAGCUUUUUGCUGACAAUUAGCAACGCAGCCCGAGCAGAAACAGAGCCAGGCUUUUUGAGAUGGGAGACCAGCUUUAUUCCACAGCAACUCGUUUGUGUGUGCUCAGGUUUCUUGGGCGUUUUCUCGCUUGUGCAGGCAGAACCCCUGAACCUUGCACCUGCAGAGCAGACAGAAGCACAGCAUGCCCAGGGUACCUCGGUGCUGGGUCAGAAGCUGUUCUUGCCCCUUGGUGUGCUCUGUCCUGCACCCCAGUAACAAGUCACGGGGCUGAGAUUAAUGGUUGUGACUAAAUCUGAAAAAGCACUGAAGUAUAGUAUCACCAAAGGGUGAAGGGAAUCAGCAUUCAUCCAGAGCGCUCCUAGUACAGCUCAGAUCAUUUCAAUAAGCUGCUGCUGUGAGCGACUGAAGGGCUCUGGUACGUGAAGGUUUGUUCCCUCGGUCUUCUCCCGAGCGCUCAGCUGAGUGCUUUCCCGUGUCACGGGCUGAGGUGAUACCGUGACAGAAGCAGCUUUAAUGCAAAUUGAGUAGCCUGUAGGCCAGCACGGUUCUCCUGAGACCUUGUGUAAACAAGAAAAUGCCACUGAGGAGAGCUACUGGGGCCCUAAUUCAGCAUCCGCAGGGAAAACUCACCAGGAAAGGAAAGAGUGUCACAGAGUGAUCAUCAUGGGUCCUGUAGAGAAGCCAAGGACUAGGAGGAUGCUUUGUGGUUGCCAACAGGAGAUGGGGAAGGAAGGAAGAGAGGAAUCUCCCUGCGUGACUGGCUUCUGGGGAAUCAUCCCAGUGGGAUCUAGCCUCCUGGAGGGCCCUCUAGCUUUGUUGUUCUUCUGCCUGCUUCCAACUCCUUUCCCCAGGGAUCUUUGCGUCAGCACGUGGGUACUACAGCCAAGAUAAAAUCCUCUGAAGCCAUGCCAACUCCGGGAAGAAUUCCAGCACAUGAAAUUUAUCCUAGAGUAGAAAUGUGCAGUUUCUUCCAGAGAUGGGGGAGGGCAGCAUAAAACAACAAUCAAGAUGAGACCCUUAACAGCGCUCUAAAAGUCUGUGGGAUUCUGACUCCUCUUGGCUACCCAAGAUUGAGCACCAGGCCGUAGCUUCUAGCCCCCUGGUGAACACUGCCACCGGCACCCCUCCUAGGGCCAGAGAGCAGAGACUUCUACUCAAAACCUCAGGGCUUUCAAAUAGAGUUUGGGAUGGGCUAUUUCAACUCUGGGUCACCGAGGGAGAUUUAAAGCCUUCUGACAAUCAGCUUGGUGUUGUUUAGCUCUAUGUCCCUGUGAAGUCUUGUGUUUGUGUACGUGAAGUAAAACAAAGGCUCGACACGUUUGGCAUAGCCUUAGCUGUCUAAAAGCUGUAUGAUUUCUGCCAAGGGAUCACCACAAUUUGCAGAAAAAAAAGUUUUGAAAAAAAGUUAGGUUUUUAAAAUACGUUUGCAAGCCACGGAUGGUACUAAAGGUCAUGAAUUUCAUGCUACAGCUCAGUAGUCUUUUUUUUUUUAAACUCACGUUCUAUUUUGACACCUUUAGUAUUGAGUGCAUUGAUGCACUGUUUGAUGGACUGCUGGGAGAGAAAGGCCAUUCUGAUACAUCACCUCACACUGUUACCGUACAGCGUCUGUGACGUGCUCACUCUUUCCUAAGGAGACUCAGGAGUAACUAACUUCCCUACACCAAGGUACAAAGCCAAGGAAAGCCCCUGAAGGCUGUUCACGCUUAGCGCAGCAUCCUGUGAUGGCGCUGCGUCCCUCAUUACCAUCCUCAGCUAGCAGAUAGCAGUCUUGUUUUACAGUCAGCACAGGGAGACUACUCUGAACUUUGGUCCAAGCCACGCACGCAUGGAGGCCAGGCUGGCAGUACCCGUGACAGCUGCCAUGCCCCAACUCACCUGUCGUUUCUAUUUCCACAAUAGAAUGUCAUCCAAGCUUUCAGACAGUGUCACUUUCUCCCUGUACCACUUCUGCAAGCUACACUGGGCGCACAGUACCAUCCGAGGAUAAAGGGACGUUCAGGCACCAAGCCGUGAGGUUUAUAUUCUCACUACAGGACACCGAGUACCCCGAAAGGUGUAAAACAAGCGCUGUGCUUGCCUGUGGCCAGCUGCUUGGUGGCUGACUGUGCCCUUCUGUGCUGUGUGCGCACCAGCAGGUACUGAAGCAGAGCUGAGGAGGGGGCUAGGACUCUCAACUGCUGCGCUGUGCUUGUAACGCUUGUUUUUCUUAGAAAUGCUGUAGACUGAGCUAUAAAUGAUCCUUUGGUCACAGCAACAAAUAACUACCCUUUUUGCCUUGUCCUAAUUCCCUCUUUUACGUGGCUAAACGAGAAUUUUACUUUAAAUCAGGAGCAUGCAACUCCUGGUUGUCCUCCCCCCCCCCGCAGCACGGCGGUGCACAGCCCGGAGCGGGCGCACUGCAGUGCUUUUGGAAGCUCCCCCAAGUGCCCGGCUGCAGCUGACUGCCCACGAAGCUGGGCUAACGCCUGUCUGAAACAAACCCUCCUGCAGCUUGCACAGUGUCAACACCAGGUCCUUACCAGCACCUGCACUACGCUGCAGCUCUGCUCCCCCCGGGCUGCGCUGCCUGCUGGUGUAGGAGCGUUCCUGCAGGGCUCUGAGGGACUGCGCUGUGCUUAGCCGCUCCUGAGAGCCCAGGGUCUUCAUUCCUACAAAGGGUAGAAAGCGAAAUAGCAGCACAACACCAUCGGCAAACCACUGAGUGAACUGACCAAAAAUCUCUCCAAGUCCUCAAUUAGUCUCAAAACUGAACAAAGAUUUUGGUGUCAGCCCAGAGCGUCACUAUUGCCCCAGCGCUGGUCGUGUUACGCUGUCCAAAGGACGUGUGACACCCAGGAAAAGCAGUCCGAGACUUACUUCAGGCGCUAACACGUAACGGCAACGCCUCCACAGCAGCUCAGGUGCGCUGCUCGACUCGAAGGGGCUGACGUUUCUCAAACACUGCUCCCCGCUGCAGCCCUGCUCCUACAGCAGCCUGGCCACGGGCGGUGGCAGCCCGCGAGGAGGUGCAGGAGGAGAGCGGUUCCUCACCCGCCUCAGCUGGCACGCCCUGGGGAACGGAGCGCACUUCACAGGAAAUACCUGUCUGCUGAGAGCAUGCUGUUUGUACGUUUCAUCGGGGAACCUCAGAGAAUUAAAGCAAAGCUGUG